AUGCUGCGGCCCGUCAGUGCGGUGAUGUGCGUGACGGCCGUCGUGGUCGCGCAUUUGUGGAUCGGUCGAACCGGCGCCGCCGUCCCGGCUCGGACGCCGCCCAUCAAGUGGCUGAUCAACACGGGAAACAUGGUAGGCCGAUGGCCCCCGCCACCGUGGACCGGCAGAAACAGCUGCAACAACAACACCGCGACGCCGAACACCAUCAGCCGGAUGCAGAUGAUCCGCGGCGGCACGGCGGCCGUGCUGGUCAUGCCCACCGGGGACGGCGGCCGGAGGUGUUGCAGUGACGGCACCCUGGCGCAGUUCUCCCUGGGCCUGGUGGACCUCAAGCACGGACUCAACAACCUGUACCCGGCCGUACAGCCGUUUCCGGAUUGGCGGACGUUCGUGGACGAGGUCUCGCCACCGGGAGCGAAACCACCGGGAACGGAACCGCCGGUAUUGGAACCGCCGGUAUUGGAACCGCCGGUAUUGGAACCCCCGGUGUCGAAUGAACAGGACCAGAACACCACCGAACCGGAUGAACGCGGCGAGGAAGUCCCCGCCGACGGCCGCGACGCAGGAAACCCCGGUGGCCACCGGCGCAUCAUCAACGCCGUGGACGCAUUCCUGGACGAUCGAGGACGAAUCCUCUGGGUCCUCGACUCCGGACAGGCAGGCGAAGACGCGUGUAACGGCAUCAUGCCGUCCAGUUGUGAUGGAUCCGAGGCGUCGGAUACGGACGAUCAGCUGCUGAAACCAAAAUUCGUAGCUAUCGACGUGUAUACGAACCAGGUCAUCGACGUUGUAAGUCUGUCGCGCGUUUGGCGGCCCGGGGUGAGCUGUUUCCAGUACAUAGUGUCCGUGUACCUGGACUCCGAAGAAAGCGAUAACGACAGUGCUUCAGCAGGCAGCGAGACCGCUGGCGGAGAAGUCAGGUGCACCUUAGACUGGCCACUGGUGGUAAUCGGCGACGCCGGCACCAACCGGGUGUUGGUGUACACGCACAGCAACGACCGGUUCGCCGAGAUCAUAUUGCCACUGGAAGAAGAAAACGAUGCGUUGCACGACGCCGAAAACAACGGUACAGGCGACACUAGGGACGGUGACGAUGGCGGCCGACCGGACGUCAACGACCCGAAACUCCAUCGGCAUUCCCGAUGGCCGACCCCUCCGAUCCGAGACAUACUCUACUUGGUCCCAAUGUCCAUCAAACAGGGUCAAGUCAGGCUGUUGAUCACUUACCACGGCUGCCGCGAAGUGUACAAACUCCGGUUGGAACCGUCCACUUCCGAUCCGCCGUCAUACGACGACGGUCCCGAGACCCACGACACGACUCUAGCGUCGCUGUCCCCGAUCAUCGGUACGCUGGCCGUCCUCGGCCGGAAGCCGUGCCGGAUGGUCUUACUGGGCACGGACCGCCGGCGGACGGACGUCGUCGGCGAAAAUUUCGGGGACGGGGGGACCACCGUGUACUUCCGGUUGGAGAACACCAACGACAUAUGGUCGUGGAAGGUGUUCAGCAGUAAGAAAAAGCUGACCGGAUCGUAUCUGUACAUAGACGAACGCGAAUUCCGGUUGGUCCGGCUCGGCCGGACGUGUCGCGUCCCCGUCGCGGUUUCGGUCGCACCGGCGGCCGUCGGGAACGGCUGCGCCGGGGACGCGGACAGCGAUCCUGCGGCCGUCGAGAAGUCGGCCCCGCAAAAACAGAUCCGGCAAAUCGUGUGGAUGCUGGAGACGAACUUCGUCGAUCACUUCGCGGGCACUGCGGACAGGAUGGGCGCCAACGCCAAGCUGCAGCCUCUCGGAGCGCCGCUGAACGACGUGAAUGCCGCCCGACCGUUGAGUUUCGACGCUUCGAUGCAAACUUUUCCGCUGCGAAGUCAGCCGGCCAAAGGCUUCCGGCUGCACCGAAACUCCGCUCUGGGGCGACGACGACUACGUUGUAGCGGCCACACCGUCAGAUGACAGUUAUAAUAUUAAUUGGACGGAUCGUCGUGUGUCGCGUCUCAGUAACCUGUGCCUAAUCCCAGUACUUGGAAAAUGACAAAUCCCCUGAUCCCGACUAGGACAUUACGUGCAUUCUCGUAGUAUAUGGGUACAGCCCAUCGAUGUAUUACUAAAAUAUCAGCUGGUGGACCAAAUUUAAGAGGCAAUUUAUUUUACAAACUUACGCGCAAAUUCGGUCAUACGCAUUGAAAUCUUUUUCGUACGAAAAAUAUCAAGACGAAUUUUGGUACCCGUCGUGGUAU